AUGAUGUCAACUUGCAUAUUGCCGUAUAUGGAAGCUACUGGUUGUACACAGGAUUCACCGCAUAUUCGAUUGAAAUUCUAUAUCGACCUAUCAUGGAUCUUCUCUACAUGUAUCGGAUUAAUUCUUUUCCUUGUCGAAAUUGGCAUCAUAUUUUUUGUCAAAUUUAUAUCAGUUGAAUACGUGAUGGCUGGCUACAUCACAACAGCAAUGCUCAUACCUGUUGUCAUCGUAUUCGUUGUGUUUUCAUAUUUGAUACACAAGAGCAGAGUGACGUUUACGUUGAACCGGUUUAAAGAUAAGGUAAGCUGAUU